UAUAUGUCAUAGUCUUUGAUUGAGGCAGCACAAAAGCACCAGUGCAUAGGCCUAAUCAGUACUCUCUAUCCACGUCUCUCGUCUCUCAAUGAUGAGUACUUCGUUCGCCGCGGGUGUACUGGCUUACAUGCUAGCCACCUUUAACGGCGGCUACUUGUGGCACCUGGUGCUAUUCAACGACAUGUACCUGUCUCUCAAGGUUUGGACAAGAUUCCCGGAGGACAUCGGACUUCAACUGGGAGCAUCAGCGGUACUUCUUCAGGCGCUACUCGUGGCGUACAUGCUUCCGGUUUUCCAACGGGCGACGGGGAGGUCGGGGACGCUCAGCGGCGCGCUGUUCGGGCUAUGGGUGGCGGGGCUAGUGUUCUCGGUCGCGGUGCUUGCGCACUCCGCCAAGAACCAAACCGCUUGCGUGGAGGGUUUCGUAGCGAUGGAAGGGCUGUACUGCCUCUUGCAGUUCCCCCUCUCGUGCGCGUUUGUGGCGUUUUCGCAGGGAAGGGCGGCGCGGCAAGCCCCAUCCAAGAAGGCGACGUGACACGGAACAGAAGUACACUACCCCCCUGCCGGUACCGCUUCGUCGUGUCGUUGCCGCAGCGGUGUUUGGUCGUGGGGAAAAGAUUGCCUACACCCCGUUGUUGAUAGCAGUGCUUCGUGUUAGUUUAGUGUCUUCCCCCCCCAUGUAGCGAUAGACCUGCCUCCAAGACGAGGACGGCGCGACAAAGUCUCCCGUUAUCGAAGAGCAAGUGAUUUGGCAUGGCAUGACCAUCGGCUGUGCUGUUCGGUAAAAGCUAACUUUCACAGAGGGCAUAUGUUGGUUGCGUUUGUUGCCCUAUCGGGGACUCGCCAACGUCGAGGCUGCCACCUUUUUCGGUCACGCGCCGUUUUUCUUGCCGUUUUUUUGUUUUCGUGCGCGGUGUGUUGGAUACCCCGCUGAGUUUGGUCAUCCCAAAAAGUGUUCUGUGUUUUUUUUGCGAGAUUUCGCGCCGAAGAUUGGGCUGGUUGUUUUUUACACACGUUGUAUGACUUUGCGUCCGAGUGCAGUGUUAGCAAGGGAUCCGCAAGCAACCCGUUCUGUGUUCAUGUGUGAAGUGCACGGUGAGUGUAGGCGUAGGUGUGGUGUGCGGUUGCUAACGAGCAACUUCUCGAGAACUUAUGAACACGUGGUGCAUCAUAGUAGGAGCCUGAAGAACCAACAGCAGCCCAGUCUGGGCUGUGCUGCUGAUGAACUGCCAUAGAACGGGACUUGCGUUUUACUGUUUGAUUAGAGUCACUUCAAGGGUGUGCAUGUGGAAUGUCCAAUCAGGUUGUGCCUGAGCUUGCAGCAUCCUCGCCGCUUGCUUUGACCAGCACUUCUUCACGGUAGACGUAGUUCGGGUUUUGAACUCGCCUUCGGGUAUUGUGUGGAAUGGGGGGCGUUCGUUUGUUGUGUCAUGGAAACUUCUGAUUGAUAUGUAUCCUUCGUGAUGGCAGAUGUUGACAUCCUUUGGCUUCAGCGGAUAUGGCCCUCCUGUUGUAAGAGCUCACUCGACUUGAGUCAAGCACAUGGUUUCCAUGUUGCGGAAAACACCUGUUUCACUUGCUUCAAACCGAUCGCCCCGGUGGUCCAGUUGCUGCUAACCUCGCAAAAAUGUUGACUCUGGGUUGCGGGUUCGAAUCUCUCCGAAGUGAUAACUUCGCAAGUCAUGAUUUUUGCGGCGCACAGUAACGGCCGGCGACGUUGUAGUAGCAGUAGCCGGCGAUGAACGGAUGAACGGCGGUGCGGGCGUCCCUCG